UGAUUGAUAUAAGGAAAUGGAAAAGUUAGUCGAUGACGGUUUGGUCAGCUCCAUUGGCGUCUCCAACUUCAAUCACGCACAACUGGAACGUAUUCUUAAUAUGGCAAAAUAUAAACCAGUUAAUAAUCAGAUUGAAGUGCAUCCGUAUAAUGCUCAAACUGAGUUAAUUGCGUGGUGUUAUGCAAGAAAUAUCACUGUUACUUGUCACACUGCACUUGGUAGACCAGGAUUGGUAAAAGGAGAGCCUAAUAUGCUAGAGGAGCCGAUUGUGAAAGCUAUAGCUGCAAAACACAAAAAAUCUCCGGCACAAAUUCUAUUGAAAUUUUGUGUUGAUCGUGGAUGUGCAGUAAUUCCGAAAAGCAUAAACCCCAAGAGGAUGAAAGAGAAUAUUGAGAUAAGUGAUUUUAAGAUAACUCUAGAAGAUAUAAGAUCUAUGGAGCAACUCAAUCGUAAUUGGCGUCAUUCACAAGACUCAUUUUGGUCAUGUUUCAGGAACCAUGUACAUUAUCCUUUUAACGAUUUUUAACCUCAUGCCAAAUAUUUGAUUGGUGAGAUGGUUGACUCUUGAUACAGCACCAGUCAUUAAUAUGUCAUAAUUUUUUUAUUACAUUGUUAAAAUAUGACACUCAAAUGUUUGCAGUUAUGUGCAGCAAUGAUGUUAUUAUAUUGGAUUUUUUUUAUUGAUUUUCGAUAUGUUCAUCAUUCCAAGAAAAAUUUUGAAAAUAAAGUACCUUUAUAAAAUACCUCCAGGACCAAAUAUAUGAAAAGCACUACGUAACUCUUUUAACCAAUCUCUCAAUGAAUAGAACUGAAUAAUGUUUAGAGGAUCAAGUAUAAUUUAAUGUGACACCAUUUAUUUUCACAUGAUUGACAGACAAAUUAUACUUAGUUCAACUUCAUUGUGUGUAUAUAAAUUUAAAACAUGUUUCCCAUAGUUUACAAACAUUUGUGAAACUUUGAAAGGUAUUGUGGAUGCCCACAAUACUGAAACAAUAACAAUAAACUAUCAACUUAAA